GUUUUCUGUAAUUUUGCCUCUUCUUAGAUAUUGUACUCCGGAAGAAUGUUUCAAAGUGAUCUUCUGCAAAGUCCGAGCCUAUAAAUAAAUGGAGCAAUGCAAAUGCCUUGAAUCAGUCUCUUGCAGUCUAAAUGGGGGUCUGUUGUAGCAAGGGCACAGGGAUAAUUGUGGAGCAUGGCACGGAUGAUAGUAAUGAAUAUGGAAACGGAGAAGCUGAGGUUAGGGACACAAAUGAUGGAGCUGUUGUAAGGACGCGUGGAUCAUCCAAACACGUUUCCAUGUCAAUCAAACAAGGGAAAAAAGGAAUAAAUCAAGACGCCAUGACAGUCUGGGAGAACUUUGGUGGGGAGGAAGAUAUGAUCUUUUGCGGUGUAUUUGACGGUCACGGUCCCAUGGGUCACAAGAUUUCUCGUCACGUAUGUGAAAAUUUACCUUCGAGGGUCCAUUCGAAAAUUAGAUCUUCCAAAUCUGGCGGCAAUGAAAACGUAGAGAAUAAUAGUUCACAGAGUCAGGAGGAACUCUUCCGUGAAUUUGAGGACAUUCUAGUGACAUUCUUCAAGCAAAUAGAUAGUGAACUUGGUCUCGACUCUCCUUAUGAUAGUUUUUGCAGCGGUACAACUGCUGUAACUGUCUUUAAACAGGCUGACUGUUUGGUGAUCGCCAACUUAGGAGAUUCACGAGCCGUUCUUGGCACCCGAAGCAAGAACAGUUUCAAAGCUGUCCAACUCACGGUUGAUCUGAAACCCUGUGUCCAACGCGAAGCAGAGAGAAUAGUGGCAUGCAAGGGAAGGGUGUUUGCUAUGGAGGAGGAACCCGAGGUGUAUAGAGUGUGGAUGCCUGAUGAUGAUUGCCCGGGGCUCGCAAUGUCAAGGGCGUUUGGUGAUUUCUGCCUCAAAGACUAUGGACUUGUCUGCAUUCCUGACGUCUUCUGCAGAAAAGUCAGCAGAGAAGACGAGUUUGUGGUUCUAGCUACUGAUGGGAUUUGGGAUGUUUUGUCAAACGAAGAAGUGGUGAAAGUUGUAGGUUCCUGCAAGGACCGGACAAUUGCAGCUGAGACGUUGGUUCAGCGAGCCGCUCGGACUUGGAGAACAAAGUUUCCAGCCUCUAAAGCUGAUGACUGUGCGGUGGUGGUCCUUUACCUAAACCACCGGCCUUACCCAAGAGAAGGAAAUGUGAGCCGAGCAAUAUCGACCAUUUCCUGGAGAUCAAAUAAGAGCAAUAACGAGUGUUAUGGAGUCGCACCAUUGGGUCUACCCCAAAGGGUUUCAUAGUAGGAUCAUUGUUAUUGUUGUUGUUGUUUCAAACUGUUUAGUAAAAUUUGAACCUGUUGACGUGUGUGGAUACUACUCAACAUCAACUUUAUUUGUGUGUGAAAUAAUUUUGUGUUCUGUUUGUUUUUUGAAGCAAUUGAAAAGAAAAAAAGAGUAGACAAACAAAUUUUCAACCUCACAGUUGUUCAAGAUUCUUAAGUUCUUUUCUCAGCAAAUUCAAUAACCUGAAUAGCUUUAU